AUCUCCGAAGCAUUCAUUGUGAUUCCUAUUUUAUUUGGUGUUGAGUUAUUUCCUCUUCUAGUGGUUCUCAACCUUCCUAACGCUUCGACCCUUUAAUACAGUUCCUCAUGUUGUGCUGAACCCCCAACCAUAACAUUAUUUUGUUGCUACUCCAUAACUGUAAUUUUGCUACUGUUAUGGAUUGUAAUGCAAAUAGCUGAUAGGCAGCCCCUGCCUCCGCAGAGGGUUCUCAGGUUGAGAACUGCUGGUUAGCCCCUCUUCUCUGCUUUGUGUUUUCAGGCAUUGGCUUCCAUCCAGUGUCUGGUGAGCUUUGGUUGAUAGGAAACAGUCUUAAGCUCCAAGGAGCUGAACGGACAGUCUGUAACCAGAGGGUGCCCGCCAGAGGGAUUGAGUAGUAUCUGCUGCUUCAUCGUGGGGCUGAAUGUUAGCAACAGCAGGUCUUUUGUCCUGCUUCAGAUCCUACAGGCUCUUGCCUGGGAGACAGAAAUCAAGGUGCCCAGAACUCAGAGAGGGCUGAUUCAAAGUAAGGGGCUUUGUGGCUCACAUGUAAUCCUAGGACAUAUGGGGCCGAGGUAGAAUCAUUAUUGUGUACCUAAGGUGAACUGUGUAGUGAGUUCCAGGAUAGCUUGGACUAGAGUGCGGACUUAUCUCAAUAACAUCAAAGGAAGUGGGUGGGAGAAUGGCUUGGGGCUGAGAAUGUAGACUUCUAUUUAAUUUACCCAUUUAACUUAAUCUGCCUUUUUCUUGUAACUUACACCCCUCCUCUCUUUUCUACUUCUUUCCUUUUUCUUUCUAAGUGCUUGGGUUAAAAAAAUACCUCACGAGUGCCAGGCAGCAUUGUACCACCAACCUACAUCAUAGACCCACAGCUGUGUAGUGUAGUGGAUGAUGGUCCAGUCCAGAGUCUAUAGAUCAUCAUCUCAAAGAAUGACUUCCAUCUAUCUCUGCAGACUGAAGAGUCAACAAUCUGUUCUCCUGUCUGGGGGUUUAACACAGAGACUCCCAACCAGCCUUACUACUCACAGAUGGCCAUAUAGUGUGGCUUCUACUCACCUAGUAUUUUCUAGGUUGUAGGUCAAGAGCCAGCUUGAUUUUCCUUGACUUCCCUUUCUGCACCCUUAGGUGUCAGCUCCCCUGUCUCCUAGACUACCAUCUUUCUAUCUUGAUUGCAGAGUUUUUGUGCUGUUUCUCAUCUGUCCUCUUACUUUCUCUACUUCCCUUGCCCUUGUUGGCUUCCCUACUUGAAAUAUUUAUUUUUAUGCCUAUGGAUGCUUUGCCUACGUGUGUCCUGUGUGCCAUGUGUGUGUCUGGUGUUGUGGAGACCAGGAGAAGGUGUCAGACCCCCUGCACUGAAGUUCCAGAUGGUUGUGAGUCACCAUGUGGAUGCUGGGAACUGAACCUGGGCCCUCUGCAAGAACAGUCAAUGUUUUUAACUGAUGAGCCACCUCUCCAGCCCCUUCAUUUGGUUUUUGAGAACAUGUCUCACUGUGGUCCUCAGGCUGCUCUCCAACUCCUGUACUCUAAUAAACUCCCACCUCAGCUUCUGGGGUAUGUGGUAGAAAAGCAGUUGGCUACAUCUGACAUAUGCAUUAAAGAAUCUUUAGUCAAUAUUUUAAUGGAAUUUGCAAGGGAGUAGAGUCAGAACUGAGUGCCCAGCCCUCUGCCCACAGGACAUUCUUUAGAAACAUCAUAAAUUGCGACAAAUCCUUGUCUUUUACAGUUGGUUUGCAUUUCAGACAUUAGUCAAAAGCUGGAGAGAGCCUUCAUGGGUUCCCUCUUCUAGGCCUGAAGCCCCUCCGACUUGGCACAAAGGAUUAAUUUUCUUCUACUUUUGGCCACAAGGAAGCCGAAUAGAUUGUGAAUCAAGAAUAAGCAGAAGGAAGUUGUGCUGAGUGUUGUGGAAAUUCCCAUGAGACAGAGGCAAGGGGAUCCCUACAAACUCUCAGCCAACCAGGACUUCACAACAUGGCCGUCUCAAACGACAAAACAAAACAAAAACUAACAAAUUAAAAAAGAAAUUGUUAAACUUCACAAUAAAAUGAAAGAAAAACCCCCUUCCAGAAAGAGAACUAGCUCUCCAUUCUUAAUGAUCCACAUCUGUAAGCACUUUAAAAUAAGUAGUGUGCAUUUACUGCUGGACCCCCAGAACAUCUCUCAUCAAACUUUUGAAGAAAGAAGGACAAAUGCAGAAGUCAGAACAGCAGGAACUUCUCCUUUACACACAGCUCAAAGAUUGGAGGCCACAGCUGCUACAGAAAGGAGGAACUUGGAGGAUGUUUAAAUAGGAGGCUUGCCUUCUCUACUCAGCCUGCAGCGGAUCCAGCUUCCAGGUCAACAUGAAGGCUCUCCUCUCUCUGGGGCUCCUCCUGCUUUCUGUCACUGUCCAGGCCAAGGUCUAUGAACGCUGUGAGUUCGCCAGAACUCUGAAAAGCCAUGGAAUGGAUGGCUACAGGGGAAUCAGCCUGGCCAACUGGGUGUGUUUGGCUCAGCAUGAGAGUAACUAUAACACACGAGCUACAAACUACAACCGUGGGGACCAAAGCACCGACUAUGGGAUAUUUCAGAUCAAUAGCCGAUACUGGUGUAAUGAUGGCAAAACCCCGAGAGCAGUGAAUGCCUGUGGGAUAUCCUGCAGCGCUUUGCUCCAGGAUGACAUCACUCAAGCCAUACAAUGUGCAAAGAGGGUUGUGAGGGAUCCACAAGGCAUUAGAGCAUGGGUGGCCUGGAGAAACCGCUGUCAAAACCGAGAUCUCACCCAGUACAUUAAAGGCUGUGGAGUCUAAACGCUGUGUGCCUCCACCUCAGCUCACUCUGUCUCAUUCUCGCUAUAGAAGUAGUUAUGGGAAAGGUCACAUUUCCUCAGUUUCCCCUUCAGACAAGCAGGCUUUUAUCAGAAACAGGGGCAACAUGGAGACUGUUUCCUAAGAGGCUUAGUGCUGACUAAUGUGCUCACUGUUUUAUGGAAAGCCUCCAUUUAUUCAGUUAGCCAAAGCAGCAGAUUCUGGUGACAGUGAUCUAGCAUUGAGUGUCACACACAUCUCUGUACAUCAGUUCUUCACCUAUGAAGUAAUUCACAUUAAGUUUCAUCGGAAUUAAUCUUCAUCUCCCCACUGUUGGAUAGACAUACAGUAAAUACGUAAGGAGACAGUAGAUCUUGGGUGAAAUGGCAGCUGUGUGAGCUCCCAGGCCUUGUGUGGGCUCAGCACCCAGACAGUUAAGAACAGGUACUGUGUGGGGCAAGGUGGGUUUUUAAGGGAACAGAAUUCUGAGUAGAUAGAACUGAGACUGCUUCAACUCAGAAACUUGGUACCAGGAAAUGUGUGACCUUUCAAAAAAAGAAUUAUCUUAGUGUUGACCCAUUCAUAGUGCUUGAAAGUCAAUUCUUAACUCAUGAGUCAGUCUGUGUUAACCCUUGAGAGAAUGUUCGAUACCUUAGCUGGCCACGAGGUAUUCAGGACACAUUGAAUUGACUGUGCUAGUCCUUAAGUUCUUUAAAGUAGCUUCAUGCAUACCAACUAGCUCUGAGACAGAUGAACUUGUAUCGGCAAAACUAACCGCAUUGUGAAAAACUACAAAUAGCCAUUAAAUGAUUUUCAAUGCA